UUUAUUGCCGGCAAUAACAACGCGAGUUACGCGAGUUUUACACUUAGCAAAAUCAGUGCACGCGAAUGCCAUUUAUCCCGUGUGCACAGACGCAUGUGUCGCUGCCACAUAACCUCAAAUCCCUAGGGUAAACAAGGGCCAUCACAAAGGUUUACCUUUGUCAUUCGACGUUGGAACUGUCAAACUUACGGCAUUUAAAUCGACAUUCAGUGAAAUGGCUCAAACUUGGCACGAAAUCACGCAAGUUGUGAAGGAAAACCGACACGAGCUGGUACUCUCCGGUGCAGAUGUAUCACAAAAAAUAGCAGACAGUGGCAUUGAUCCGGCACUUUUUGAGCUAAGUGGCUUAAAUUACCUCAAUAUCAAUCAUACUGGUCUCGAGAUAGUACCUAACGGAAUUGGGAAUCUAAAAAACUUGACCAAUCUCGUGCUUCACUCAAACGCCAUCAAAAAACUACCCUCCAGUAUUGAUAAGCUAAGCAAGCUCAAAGUGCUAGAUUGUUCGAGAAAUAAACUUGAAGAACUACCUACGGAAUUCGAAAACUUGCCACAACUGAUGACCUUGAAUCUUGGCUUAAAUUUGCUCAGGUUUUUGCCAUCCCAAGUAUCAAAUGUCAAGCUCUGCAGUUUGGACUUGUCCAACAAUAGGUUUGAAGUUUUUCCUGAUAUCUGUUACCCCGAGUUGGUUCAUCUUGCCGAAGUCAGAGUAAACGAUAAUUUAAUCAAGGAAAUCCCAUCAAACAUUUGUGUUUUGCCUUUGUUGAAACUUUUGGAUUUGGGUAACAAUCAAAUUUCAGUGGUGCCAGGUGAAUUAGCAGACUGUAUCAAAUUAAAAGAUUUAAAUUUAAAGGGCAAUAAACUAGCAGACAAACGAUUGUCAAAGCUGGUUGAUCAAGGUCGUAUGAAGCAAGUUUUAGAUUAUGUGCAUCAGCACUGUACUAAAGUCGGCAAUGUAGCUGUUUCUAGCAAUGCUAAAUCGAAGAAAGGCAAAAAGAAUAGAGGAAUCUCUGAAAAUGAAAGUUUGAAUGCAGCCGUUGAAAAAGCUGCUCACAAGUUGCACAUUUUAAAAGUAUCUGACAGUAUUCCUGUAAUAAAAGUUACAGAAGAUGUAAAAAAGGUCAGACCUUACAUCCUUGGAUGUAUUGUCAAAAAUUUAACCUUUACAGACGAGAUGUUUAAAAAAUUCAUUCAGUUGCAAACUAGACUUCAUGAAGGUAUCUGUGAAAAAAGAAAUGCAGCAACUUUGGCUACUCAUGAUUUUGAUUUACUUACUGCUGGUGAUUUGACUUACACUGCUAAAGCUCCAAAUGAGUUUAAAAUUAAACCUCUGAUGAGGACUAAAACAAUAACUGCUGCUGAGCUUUUUCAGCAACUGCAAACUGAGGCUGAUAAUCUUCGAAAAGAAAAAAAACGCAACGUUUAUUCUGGCAUACAUAAAUAUUUGUAUCUUUUGGAGGGAAAGCCCGUUUACCCAUGUUUAUUAGAUUCCAAAGAUCAAGUAAUAUCUUUUCCACCAAUAACAAACAGUGAUAUUACAAAAAUGUCGUCUAAUACUAAAACAAUGUUUGUUGAAGUAACAAGUAAUACUGGUCAACAGAUGUGCAAAAAAGUUUUGGAUGAAUUCUUAAAAGAAUUGGUAGUCCAAGGACUGGGGUGCGAAAAUAGCAACUCGGAAAAUGGUUUUAAUGAAUUGUAUGUUGAGCAAGUGAAAAUUGUUGACUUGGAAGGUAAUAUGAAAUCAGUCUAUCCUUCAAGAACUGAUGCACUGUAUGAAAAUGAAGAAAUCGUUGUAUUACGUGAAUAAUUGAUACACUUUUAAGUAUUAAUGUGAAAUGUUUUUUCAAUAAAAGUUCGACAAUGUUUUUAAGGCACAAAUUUACAUGCAAGAUUUCUUUAUAACUUUUUUGUUACAAUAGUUUUUUCUAUUAAAUAUGACUC